UGUAUAUCAUUCUGGAGGCUUGCGCGAUAUGAUGAUCGUGUAGGGCUGGGACAGGAAAGUCUUGCAAACGUAGUUUUUCAUCAAGGAGUAGCUAGGUGUUUUCUCCAACAUGAGCAAAAAGGAAGGCCCUGGUCCACACCAGAAACCUACGGCAGAUUCUCAAACCUCCGAAAACAAACCCCAAACCUCGGAGACCAAUGACCCCUCUGAACCUCUCAGACCACAGACAGGCAGACCUGGUUCUCCAGUGCCCAGCCAGGUGUCUAUGAAGAGUGACUGGUCAAAGCUUUCACCUCCCAACUUCAGCGGUGAUGCACCAGACUCUGAUCAGAACCCACAAACAGGCAGACCUGAGUCUCCAGUGCCCAGCCAGGUGUCUAUGAAGAGUGACUGGUCAAAGCUUUCCCCUCCCAACUUCAGCGGUGAUGCACCAGACUCUGAUCAGAAGAGAACAAGAAAAAGAAGCAGACGUGUAACUGAACAGCUGCUGGAUGAGCAUCCUCUCAAUAAAAGGACCAGAGCAAAUGAUGAUGAGGUCCUGAGGAGAGUUAUGGAGAAUCAUAAAGCCAGACUGAAGAGGAGGUUUGAAAACAUAUCUGAAGGCAUCAUCAAAUCAGGAGCUGAGAUACUCCUCAAUAAGAUUUACACAGAGCUCUACAUCACAGAGGGAGAGAGUGAAGGUGUGAAUAUGGAACAUGAGGUUUGGCAGGUAGAGUCAGCAUCUAGAUCACAAACCACAGACGAUGUGCCCAUCAACUGCAAUGAUGUCUUCAAGCCCUUACCUGGACAGAAGAAGGAGCACAUCAAAACUGUGAUGACAAAAGGUGUUGCUGGCAUUGGAAAAACGGUCUCAGUGCAGAAGUUCAUUCUUGAUUGGACUGAUGGGGUAGUUAAGCAGGAUAUAGAUUUUAUAUUUCUCCUUGCUUUCCGUGAGCUGAAUUUGGUCAGGGGUGAUCAGUAUAGUCUUCACACGCUGCUGCUUGACUACUACCCUGAACUGAAGGAGCUGAAUGAGGGUGAGGAAUAUAAAGAUUGUCUAGUUGUGUUCAUCUUAGAUGGUUUGGAUGAGAGUCGAUUAUCUAUGGAUUUCCAACAAAAAGGCCAAUUGUCUGAUGUGAAACACACAUCAUCAGUGGAUGUUCUGAUGUCAAGCCUCAUUCAGGGAUCUCUGCUUCCCUCUGCACUCAUCUGGAUAACCUCACGACCAGCAGCAGCCAGUCAAAUUCCUGCUCAGUACAUCAACCAAGUGACAGAAAUACGAGGAUUUAAUGACCCACAAAAGGAAGAGUACUUCAGGAAGAAAAUCAGUGAUGAGAGUCAGGCCAAGAGAGUGAUCUCACACAUUAAGGCAUCCAGGAGUCUCCACAUCAUGUGCCACAUUCCAGUCUUCUGUUGGAUUGCAGCCACUGUACUACAACAGAUGCUGGAACAGGACAACACCCAGGCAAUACCCACAACUCUGACUGAGAUGUUCAUUCACUUCUUGGCCAUACAGUCCACCAGAAGGGAUCAAAAGUAUCCAUCCAGAAGCACCAGAGAAACUCAAAAUCCAUUGCAAUCACAAAAAGAAGUCAUAACAAAGUUGUCUGAACUUGCUUUCACGCAUCUUGAUAGGGGAAACUUUAUGUUCUCAGAAAAAGAGGUGAGGGAAUUUGGCCUUGACACAACUGAUGCUGUAGUAUACUCUGGGCUAUGCACUGAGGUCCUCAAAGGAGAAUCUAUCGUUUUUGGAAAAGUGUACACUUUUGUGCACAUGACCAUCCAGGAGUUUCUUGCCGCCUUAUACGUGUUUGUAUCUUAUCUCAACAAGAAGGAAGAGGUGCUGAAAUGUUUUCUCAAAGAAAAGUCCAGCAUCUCACCACAAGAUGUAUCACUGGAUGAGCUACUGAAGGGUGCAGUGAACAGAGCCUUAGAGAGCAGGACUGGACAUCUCGAUCUGUUUGUGCGAUUUCUCCAUGGCAUCUCUCUGGAGUCCAAUCAACAGCUUUUACGAGGCCUUCUGCCACCCACAAAGAGCAACCCUGAGAGCACUGAGAAAGUCAUUCUAAAUCUGAAGGAGUUGAAGAGACCAAACAUCUCCCCAGACCGAUGGAUCAAUCAACUCCAUUGCCUGGUGGAAAUGCAUGAUACAUCUGUGCAUGAAGAUGUCCAAGCUUUUCUGAAGACUUCUAAAGAGGCAGGUGCUGAUCAAAUGCUCAAACUUGCCCACUGUUCAGCCUUGGCCAAAAUAUUGCUAAUGGCAGACGAGCCUCUGGAUGAGUUGGACCUCUUGAAAUACAACAUGUCAGAUGAGGGUCGGAGAAGACUGCUGCCAGCUGUGCGGUGGAGCAGAAAGGCUCUGCUUGCUGGCUGUAAGCUCAAAGAGAAGUGUUGUGAGGUGGUGGCCUCGGCUCUCGAGUCUCCCCAAUCCCUGCUAACAGUGCUGGACCUGAGUGACAACGACCUGCAGAAAUCAGAGGAGAGACUGUGUAGAGGGCUUCAGAGUCAGCACUGCAAGCUGGAGUCACUGAGUCUUGCUGGAUGUAAACUGACCGCGGCCUCCUAUAAUACCUUGGCUGCAGUCCUGCAAGCAGCACACUCCCCCCUGACAGUGCUGGAUCUGAGUAGAAAUCUUUUAGAAGACUCUGGAGUUGAGCACCUGUCCUCUGGGCUGAGGAGUCCAAACUGCCGUCUGCAGACACUGAGGUUGGUAGCCUGUGGCAUCACAAGGAAAGGCUGUGAUCUUCUGGCUUGUGCCUUGAGUGGAAACCCAGCCUCCACCCUGAGAGAGCUGGACCUGAGUGAGAAUAACCUGGGAGAGCCAGAUGUCAAGCUGCUCUUAGAGAUAAAAGAGGAUACGAAGUUGGCGCUGACAAUACUCAAAUACAGCUGAGCUCACCACAUUCCACAUCAGCAAUAUCAAGCUCUCAUUCACAUCACCUGGGUCUGCUAGCAACUCACCACAGCUAGCAGCCUCCUCACUAUGUUUAGUUCCGGGCAGGUUUUAGGGUUUGAACAGAAUAAGCUCCCACAGCAUCCACCCUGAGCCCCCUCCUCCUCCCUGAUGUCCUGCUUGAGCUCACCGGCCAUGAGGCCAUCUGCUUGGGCUGGCCCAUAGAUACAAGAUGAAUGGUGUGGUCGUGUAGCGAUGGGUAUCUUUCAGGAGUAGAGCUCGAUUUCAGGUCCAGUUCCGGUUUUGAUUUUGAGUUUACCUUAAUAGUACAUAAAGAUCAGCCUACUAGAACAGAUGAUUUAAAAUAACUGCUAGGCUUUUUUUUUUAGAGCCUCCAAAUAAACUUGCAUCUUGUCCUUCCUUUCAAUGAUAAAGGGGUUAUUGUGUAUAUUAUAUAUUGUAUAAAACUAUAGGCAGGACCACAUUGGGUUUUUUUAAAAACACUUUCUGAAUUCAUGAUUUUCUUUUGCUUUUUUUUUUUUGCUUAUUAUUUGGUUCCAGUUUGUUUUUCUUAUUCUUGAUUCUUGAUUCAAUGGGAUUCUGAUAUUUUACUCCAAUCUCUAAUGAGUUUUGUAGUCUUUGAGAAAUACAUUUAAAGCAACAGUGCAAUUUUAUUUUUAUUUGAUUUUGGGGACAUCUGUGAUGUUUGUAUUCACUAGUUUGCUAGGCCAAUGGAUAUUGAUUAAUUGCUCUGAUUUUGCUUAAAGAAGACCAUGAAUUACAACAGUUUUACACUUUUGACGUAUAAAUGAACAUAUUGUGUAAAUACUGUAAUGGUUAUGUACUAUUUGUAUCCAUAUACACUCCAUGUACAAUCCAUGUAAAAACAUUCCAUGUUUUUAAGGACAUUUCUAAACCUAUACAUUCAAUAUACAGUAUUUGAAUAAUGUAGUGAGCAAAGCAUAUUGUAUCUUCUGUCUGUGCAUGCAUAGCAACUACAAUCACUUUCCUUCCCUUCUCUGGUAGCUUUUUGUCAGCACCAUGUCUGAAAUUAGUCUACCUGUAUGCAUAACAUUCAGUACUAGAACAGUGGAUCAUAUUAUCAUAUUCAAAAUAGAUAACUUACAGCUCUGCACUAUACAAUGAUAUAGGCUAUACUAAAUUUUUCAUGUCUAAAAUGAUUUAAGUAAAUGUGUUUUUAACACUGUAUUCUUAUGUUUUUGGUUGAAAUAAACGUGUAUUUUCACAA